CAAUAGGCUUUUGCUUCGCCAUGAUAACAUUUUCUCUAUGGUAUUUAGUGGAUUAAAUAACUUUCUAUCAGUUCACAAUGCGCGUCAGCGUGGAGCUCCGCUCUGGUCCUCCUUGCUACAUCUGCGCUCUGACGCUAGAUGGACAUUUAAUGAUUUUUACGUACAAGAGGACAUCGGAAUCACAGCAAGAAAACACGCAAUCCGUGUGUCCUUCAUUAUCUGCUACUGAAUAAUCACGAUAGUCGAGGCUUUUUGCAUUUUCCUGAUAGGAUGUCAUCAGAAAAUACUGCGUCACACGAAGUCAGCCCAAAAUCCCUCAUUUCAAAGACUGAUCCUUUGGGGAUUGUUCUGCUGGGCAGGACUGGGACAGGCAGAAGCUCCUCCGGAAACAUGAUCCUGGGUAGACCAGCCUUCUGGGUCGAGUUGUCCCCCUCCUCUAAAACCACAAGGUGCAGGAGACAGACCGGGAUAGUAGGCAGUCGAAGUGUCUCAGUAAUCGACACCCCGGGGUUCUUCCAUACAGACCUGUCCCCACAGGAUGUCAUGGCAGAGGUGGGUCAGAGUGUCAGCUUGUACUCUCCUGGACCCCAUGUGUUUUUGGUGACCCUACAGCUUGGCAGGUACACGCAGGAGGAGAGAGAGGCCUUGGAGUGGAUGAAGGCGAUGUUUGGGCCAGAGGUAUCCAGGUUUACCAUGGUCCUGUUCACCUGGGGGGACCAGCUGCAAGGCAAAUGUGUCGAGUCCUUCCUGGAAGAGAGUCCAGAACUGUCUGAGUUUGUCAGCAGCUGCCAUGGGGGGUAUCAUGUCUUUGACAACAGCAGGCAGGAAGAAAUGUCAGGGCACUCCGAGCAAGUCAUGCAACUUCUGAAGAAGAUUGACGAGAUUGUUUCAAACAACCAAGGCGACUGCUACAGCAAUGUGAUGUACAAGGAGGCUGAAAGUGCCAUAAGGGAGACACGGGAGAGGAUGCUGGAGGAAAGAGGACACAAACUUCAGGAGGCAGAAGGAGAGCAGAACACAGCAGACAUGGAGAGAACAAGGAAGGAGGAAGAAGAGGCCAGGAAGAGAGCUGAGAGGCUUUUUUGGUGCGAGCUCAUGGCUGCACUGGGCAGAGGCGCUGCGGAGGGGGCGGGCAUCAUGGGCAAGGAUAAAAGCAAACAAGUUAAGAAGGCGAAAGUGGUGGAAAAGGCGAUGGGUCUGGCGGUUUCACCUUUCUUCAUGAAAUCAGCUGCAAAAGUGCUGGAAGGAGCAGUGAAAGAAGGAAGCAAGCUGCCCAGCCCUGCUUGGCCUGUAGACCAGAAGAUCUGGGAGUGCAUCUUGUUAGGUAAGACUAACUUCUUAUUUUUGUUUUGUUUUGUUUUCUAGGGCCACCUCCCUAUUUUUACAGCAGCCACAAUUUAUAGCAACAAGUCCUUAAUCUAUGAGACCUGACUCUGAUUGUGCUAUUCAUAUGUGAAGCUAUUUGGGAUUCUGAAGUUGCUGUGUUAGCUGAGGUGUGUUGCAUGUUAACUUUGCUGUGAAUAUUGCAUUGGUCAGAUUUUUUUUUUCUGCUCUCGGUGGAGGAGGACGCUUUUUCUCUGUCUCCCGCCCCCUCCCAUAUCUACCCUGCUUCAGCUCUGUGUCUUGUCUUCUUUUUGGAGCCUCUUCUUGCAUA